AAAUAAAAAGUGGGUUUUAAAGCGGGAAAUAAUUGAAAAAACCUUCACUCCAAUCUCCAACUCUACUCACUUCAAAAAUUAAUUUGAAAUCCUUCCUUCUUCGUCGGACAUUACAGCAUGAGAACUAAACACAAUGCACCCAACAAAUCAGCGAGUACAAGCCGUCGUUCAAAGACUUCUGCUAUUCCUUCCACUCCUACUUCACGACGAACGACUCCAAACACCAAAAGGAAUGUCAAUCCUCCUACUCAAAGUAGUUAAUUAUUUCAAGAAGAAGCCUCACCGUUUUAAGCCUGGCACUGUGGCACUUCGGGAGAUCCGCAAAUAUCAGAAGUCUUUUGAGCUAUUGAUUCCUAUUGCUCCCUUCACUCGACUUGUCAGAGAGAUAACUUCCCAUUUUUCCCCUGGCAUUAGUCGUUGGCAAGCUGAAGCCCUGUUGGCUCUUCAAGAGGCUGCUGAAGAUGUCAUUGUUCAUCUAUUUGAAGAUAGUAUGCUUUGUGCUAUUCAUGCCAGGCGAGUUACACUCAUGAAGAAGGAUUUGGAACUGGCCCGAAGGAUUGGUGGGAAAGAGAGGGGAUGGUGAUUGGUGAUUUCACUGAUGAGCAGAAGCUUUUUAGACUAACAAACAAAAUUGUAUUAGCAUUUGAUUUAAUGUGCAUAUUGAUUAGGAGUAGAUCAUACAUUGCUGUAGUCAAAUGUAAUAUCCAGUCCAAAUCAUGAAUAUUUAGUGUUGUCCCAACAUUAUGCUAUUUAUCUGUAUGUGUUGACUGUUGUGCUUAUGCAGUUAGUUUAACUUAUAAACUGCCAGUGACGUGUUCAACAGAAUUUGAAUGCUAAGUUUUCCUUCACGUGGGGUUUGAUUUGAUCAGCUAAUUUUUAUGAUUUCAAACAUGUUGCUAGUUAAAGCUAGUUUGAAUAUAGCUAUUUAUAACAAUGAGCUUCCACCUGCU